AAGACACUGAUCAUCAUGUUUAUAACCGCUUAUAACACAUUUAUUAAGCACAAAUAUUUUCUGUCGGAUUUCAACAGGUUUUGCGUAUACAGACAUAUGGCGCCGAAGUGCAAAAGUGGAGGGAAAAACUUCAAAAAGACAAAGAUGACAGACAUGGAAACAGGCAAUGAUCACGGGGACCGUGUGAAUGGAAUAAAAAAUGUAGAUUCUAAAGAAAAAAGACACGACGAAGAACUUUAUUUAGAAGCCGUGCAGCGUGUUAUUGACCACGGGCAUAGAAAAAGCAACAGAACAGGCAUCGAUACUUUAUCUAUCUUCGGGAUGCAAAUGAGAUACAAUCUGCGAGAUUCUUUCCCUCUGCUUACAACAAAGCGAGUAUUCUGGCGGGGUGUGGCUGAGGAACUGUUAUGGUUUGUUCAGGGCUGUACAAAUGGCAAGAAACUCAGUGAAAAGGGCAUCCACAUCUGGGAUGCUAAUGGCUCAAGGGAGUUUCUGGACAACCUUGGUUUGACACACAGGGAGGAGGGGGACCUGGGCCCAGUUUAUGGAUUCCAGUGGCGACACUUUGGGGCAGAGUACAAAGACAUGCACACUGACUACACUGGCCAGGGAGUGGACCAACUAAAAGAGGUGAUUGAUAAAAUAAAGAACAACCCGGAUGAUAGACGGAUCAUCAUGUCAGCGUGGAACCCAUGUGACCUAAAGAAAAUGGCUCUCCCUCCCUGCCAUGCCUUUGUCCAGUUCUAUGUGUGUAAUGGGGAGCUAUCUUGCCAGCUGUAUCAGCGAUCUGGUGAUAUUGGUCUUGGUGUACCAUUCAACAUUGCCAGCUACUCAUUACUUACUUACAUGAUAGCCCACAUCACUGGGCUAAAGCCCGGUGAUUUUGUCCACACUCUGGGCGAUGCCCAUGUCUAUGUCAAUCACCUGGAGCCAUUGAAGAUUCAACUUCAGAGGAAGCCGAGAUCGUUUCCAAAGUUAGUGAUCAAAAGACAAGUGGAAGACAUUGAUGAGUUUAAGUUUGAGGACUUUGAGAUUGUAGGGUAUAAUCCUCACCCUAAAAUAGCCAUGGAAAUGGCUGUGUAAUGCUAGUAUACAUUCUCAUUUUUGUACAUUUGGAAGAGUAGCUAGUUUUGUUUCCUUCAGUGAUGUGUUCAGAAAUUGAGAUCAUGAUGAAAAGUCUUGUGUUUAAACCUCUCAAAAGAAUGAUACUGUGUUGAUACUUUGCUGAUACUUUGUUUCAUUUAUUGUGUAUGAGAAUGAUGCUUUGUUUUUUUAAUUCGUAUUGAUACACAUGUACAUGUAUACAUUCAUUCAUCAUAGUUUAUGCCAUAGACACGGUACUUAUCUGAUACAAGACAUGUAUAAUGCAAUAAAGCAUGAAAUACAA